AUGGCUGGUAGAAUUCGACAGCCGGUCGAUGAGGCUGCGCUUGAGAAAUACAUUUCUGAGCAUGUUCCGACCAUCAAGACACCGAUUGAUCUCAAACAGUUUGGUUUCGGCCAAUCCAAUCCUACAUACCAGAUUACUGCUUCAGAUGGCCAACGCUUUGUGAUGCGCAAGAAGCCACCUGGAAAGCUCCUUUCCAAGACAGCUCACAAAGUAGAGCGUGAAUACCGCAUCAUGCAUGCUCUGGAGGACACUGAUGUUGCUGUACCCAAAGCGUACUGUCUAUGCGAGGAUGACUCUGUUAUUGGCACGCCGUUCUAUAUCAUGGAGUUUCUCGAUGGACGUAUCUUUGAAGACUUUACCAUGCCAGGCGUACAGCCCGCCGAUCGUGAGGCUAUGUGGCGCGAUGCCGUGAUGACAUUGGCACGGUUCCAUGCAGUUGACUACAAAAAGGUCGGCCUAGAGAAGUUUGGCAAACCAUCGGGUUUCUAUUCGCGACAGAUCAACACGUGGGUAACUAUCUGUGGUAGCCAGGAGAAGGCCGUCGACAUUGAGACCAAGGAACCUGUCGGGAAGCUCCCUCACUUUGAGGAAACGGUUCGCUUCUUCAAGAACGAGCGUCUGCAGCCCAAGGACCGGGCAACGCUGGUACAUGGGGAUUAUAAAAUUGACAAUUUGGUAUUUCACAAGACUGAACCAAGGGUCAUCGGAAUCUUGGACUGGGAGAUGUCUACUGUUGGCCACCCGCUCUCCGACAUUUGCAACUUUCUUAUAAACUUCUACUCGGCCAAAUCCCCUGGUGCGACUCCUUAUGAUGUAUCCGGAUUCCUCCCUGGCAAGACGCCUGGUCUUCCACAACCAGGCAAGAUCCUGGAGUGGUACACAGAGGAGAGUGGAUACGAUCCCCGGUCAGAGGUUCCAUGGGGAAUGUCGUUCAGCAUCUGGAAGCUGGCUGGAGUUUGUCAAGGAAUUGCGGCGCGAUAUGCGCUCAGACAGGCGAGCAGCGAGAAAGCGAAACACUUCGCUGUGACGAGGGGUUCUUUGGCAAAGUUCGCUUGGGCAUUGGCUAAAGAGGCUGGUGCGGAUGAGACUGGGACGAAACUGUAG